CAAUAUGGCGGGAAAAGGGGCUAUUUGAACCAAAAAUUCGCAAGUCUUGAUAAAAUAUAUUUCUUUAAACCUGACAAAGUCGCUUCUUCAUGAAAUGUCCGAUGAAAGUGACAGAUUUUCCCUAACGGCUGAACAAUAUUUAGCGAAGUACCACGUACUGACCUACCUUCAGGAUGCAGUUGCACAGCUACUGGAGCAUAAAGAAGAGAAUCCAAGGGUCAUUCCAGCUCGAUUUCUGAGUGAUUACUUCAGGAGUGUUGUGCAAGGGAAUCACACUCUAUUCAGGGAGUAUAGUUACAUCAAGAAGACACCUCACAAUAUUGCCUCUUUUAUCAGAGUGUUUUGGAAAUGUUUUAGACAUAUCGGAAGGAAUGGAGAUUUGUUAUCUGCAAAGGAAUAUCAUUCUCUAGUGUGCCUGUUGUGCCCUGAUUUUCCAUUUGAGCCAGUUCAGAAGACAGCAAGGAUUAUUUUAAUGGAAGAUGCUAUGGAUUGUCUGAUGUCAUUUCCAGAUUUUCUUUAUGCUUUCCAAACACAGUUCUUUUAUGAGGAGUUUAUAGAGAAACUUCACAGCACUUAUCAAGCCCUGAUAUCAGGUACUUAUAGACCUGGUCAGAUAGUGAUAGUGCCAACACUGUCCAGGCCCACUCAGCACAAGACACAGCAGCCUGCACACACUGCACCAGAUGCUGCUCAGGUCAGUCCUGAGGAUGGAGUGGAGGUUCAUUCUUUCUUGGAGGCCAUCCUUCAAAUUAUUCAUACCAGCAAUGGCUCCUUCAGUUGUCCACCUGUUGAGGUCAUUAAGGAACUGUUAUCGUCUGUUGAAAGAGUUACUUUUUAUGGAUUUCUUAUUGGCCUUGCAAAACACCCUGGUGUCAAUAACAAUGUUGCAACCCUACCUGAUAAAUCAGCUAUCAUGGAAGAAACUGAUCAGGAAUUGAGCAGUCCUUCAACCAGACCAAAAUCAGGCAGACCAAAGAGUGGAAUUCCUAAUACUACCAAGAAGGCUCUUUGAAUUUGUUCAUGAUUAAUUGGUUGAUGCAUAUAAUAGAAAAAAAAAUGGACAUGUAAUUUCAUGAACUGUAAGUAUUGUAUGUAUCUUUUGUAUAAGAUAGCUGAAUAUUUAGUGUGAGACCAUACUUUUUGUGGUCCUGAAUUAAAGCAAUUUUAGCAAUAAAUAAAUUUGGAUUGUAAAUUAUCACAACUCUUCUUUAAGUGACAACCAAUGUGUUCAACUUUAAUCCGGAACUCUUUAUUUUUAUUUUUGUUACGUUAUUGUAUGAUGGAUCUUUGCUUUUGGAAAAAAACAACAAAACAAACAAAAACAGUUAAAGUUAAUUGAUUUUUUUCCUUAAGAAUGUUAGUCUUUUAAGACUCUCUUUUAUAUCUAGCAAAUGCAGUGACAUGCGUACAAUAUGUAUUCAUUGGAGUCUAAAUUCUUUGGACAUAGGCACCUCUAACAAAGGACUAUUUUAAUCAACAUUUGACUUCUAAUAUUAUAAAUGUUUAAUUUAGUUUUAUCUGCUAUUAGGUUUGCUUAAUAAAAGCCCUUGAUUUAUUAAAAA